AUGGCAACGUAUUUUUGGAUAACAUUUCAAAUAAUUAUUUUUGUAGUAUUAUACAAAACAUUAAAGAGCUUGAUAUAUGACAAUAAGGAGCAUUCAAUAAAACGUUAUUUAGGUAGUAGGAAUACCGAGAAAGAUAAAUUUGAUGAUUCAAAUGAAUAUAAUUACAAUAAGAAAACAGAUGUUACACUUUGUGAAAAUAACAAUGAAAGUAAUUUAUAUGAAUUAAAUGAAUUUAUUAAAAAUAUACAAUGUGAUAAGGAUAAAAUUUUAAAUGAUCAAAAUAAUAAUAUACUAGAAAAAGUAAUUCGUAAAAAAGAAUAUCAGAUUGUUUAUGAUGAUAAUAAUCCAGAUAUAGAUUUUUUUACCAACAAUAAAAAUUUAAAAAUAGCUAGAUAUACAUGGAAGGCUAAAACAGAAAAACCCAAAGCAUAUAUUUUUGCAUUACAUGGCAUUAGAUCACAUUUACGUAAUCAAUAUUUGAUUUAUUAUGGUAGACCUAUAUGGGUAAAUGAAAAUGAAGAGAUAAACGAAGAAUACUGUAUAAAUGAUAAUAUGGAAAUGGACGUUUGUGAAUCGAAUAAUAUAUUUGAAAUAGAAGAAAAUAAUAUUUGUGAUAAAAAGGUGGACGAUAACUUAAUUUCUAGAGAUAAUUUGUCAAGUGAUAUAAAGGAUAAGAAUAAUAAUAAUAAUGAAAAUGAUAUUAGAAAACUCCUUGAUGACGAUAAUGUUUUAUUACAUGAUGAAAAUGAAAAUGAUUAUGAUAUUUAUAGGAACUUAUAUUAUUGUUCGAAAUGUGGUCUUUGUAAUUAUUGUGAUUGUGGUAAAAGAACUUUAUCUUAUGAAAAUAGUUGGGUACAGUCAUUGAAUGAAAAUGGAUAUACGUUUUGUGGAAUUGAUAUUCAAUCACAUGGGUUAUCAGAUGCAUCAAGAAAUGAACGAUGUUUUGUUGAAAAGUUUGAUAAUUUUGUUACUGAUGCUGUUCAGGCAUUAGAAAUAUUUAUAAAUGAAUGGGAAAUGAAAAAUGAAUUAAGGCCCAUAAUACUGUUAGGUUCAUCUAUGGGGGGAUGUAUUACUAUAAAAAUGUUUGAACAUUUAUAUGAAAAAAAUAAGGAAUGGAAAAAAUAUAUUAAAGGUUUAGCACUUGUAUCACCCAUGAUUUGUGUUGACAACGAAAAGAAAUCAUUACGAAAUCGAAUUAUGGUAGGGCUAGGAUCUAUUCUUAGAAAAAUUAUACCUCUUUAUAAAUUAAAAUUUUAUAAUAUAAAAAGAAAAUAUCAUUGGAUUACAUUGGAUGAUAUUAUGGAUCCUUAUUAUUAUUACGAUGAUUUAAAAGGUGGUAUUGCAUUAGAAUGUGUAUUAGGUGCUGAUUCAUGUAUGACAGAUAAGAUAUUAAAUUAUAUAGAUGAAAGCGAUAUAGAUAUUAUAAUAUUUCAAUCAAAAUUUGAUCGCAUAGUAGACCCAAUUGGAUCUUUAAAAUUUGUGAAUAAGAUGGUUAAUAUAUAUAACAAAAAAGAUGAAGAAAAAAAUUUAAAUAUUAAUAAAGAUAAUAAUAAUAAUAAGAAAAAAAAGGUAUCAUUAAAUUGUUUUAAUGGUGAUAAUUAUGAGAGUGAUGAUUGUGAUGAUAAUGAUUAUAAUGAUAAUUAUAAUAAUACAGAAGAAAUAAAAAAUAAUGAAAAAAUAUUUAAAAACAUAUCACACAUGGAUUUUAAAAAUACCACAUCUGAAGAUUCGUAUGAUGAUAUUGAUAAAUCGUGUAAACAUAAAAAGAAUUUUGUAGUUUUAUCAGGUCAAGAAUUAAGAGAUGAAGACAUUUUAUGGAAACCAUGUAUUCACGGACAUUAUAAAAAUUAUAAAAUAAGAAAAAAUAUGGAAACAUUUGAUUUCAAAAAUAAAGAUGAUGAGGAAAAUUAUAAGCAUUUGUGUGCUCACAUUUUAAAUUAUGGAUCACACGCAUUAUCAUCUGAGCCAGAUAAUAAGGAAACAUGUUCUAUUUUGACUGAUUGGAUUAAUGAUAUAGUUUAA